GGCAGAGGAGAAGAAAGAAGAUGGAGUGAAGUGGACCCAGCUGGAGCACCGUGGACCUUACUUUGUCCCCCUCUACGAGCCACUGCCUGAUGAUGUGAGGUUCUACUACGAUGGCAAACCCCUGAAGCUGAGCCUGGCCACGGAGGAGAUUGCCACCUUCUAUGCCAAAAUGCUUGACCACGAGUACACCACCAAGGAGGUCUUCCAGAACAACUUCUUCAACGACUGGAGGAAGGAGAUGACCUCAGAGGAGCAGGAGAUCAUCCAAGACCUGGCCAAGUGUGACUUCAGGGAGAUCCACAAGUACUUUGUGGAUAAAAACGAGGCACGGAAAGCACUCUCCAAAGAGGAGAAGCAGAAGCUGAAGGAGGAAGCAGAUAAGAUCCAGGAGGAGUAUGGGUACUGCAUCCUUGAUGGGCACCGGGAGAAGAUAGGCAACUUCAAAACCGAGCCACCCGGGCUGUUCCGUGGACGUGGCAACCACCCCAAAAUGGGCAUGCUGAAGAAGAGGAUCAUGCCAGAAGAUGUGAUCAUCAACUGCAGCAAGGACUCCAAGAUCCCUGAGCCUCCAGAAGGUCACAAGUGGAAGGAGGUGCGUUUUGACAACACGGUCACCUGGCUGGCCUCGUGGACAGAGAACAUCCAGAACGCUUUGAAGUACAUCAUGCUGAACCCCAGCUCCAAGCUGAAGGGGGAGAAAGACUGGCAGAAGUACGAGGUAGCCCGGCGCUUGAAGGAUGUUGUCCACAAAAUCCGUGCUGGGUACCGAGCCGACUGGAAGUCCAAGGAGAUGAGAACCAGGCAAAUAGCAGUGGCCCUCUACUUCAUUGAUAAGCUGGCCCUACGAGCUGGCAACGAGAAGGAGGAAGGGGAGACGGCGGACACGGUGGGCUGCUGCUCCCUGCGUGUGGAGCACAUCCAGCUGCACCCCCAGCUGGAUGGGCAGCAGCACGUGGUGGAGUUUGACUUCCUGGGGAAGGAC